AUGUCCUCGUGUGUAUAUAUACUGGACGAACAACUCGAACUUCUUAUCUUCAAAAAUCUGAAGUCGAUACCCAAUCCUAAGGCUUUUGGUGAGUUUUUCAAGAAAGUGUAUCGACCUAAUGCAGGACCCAUUAUUUCGCAUCACACAGGAGUAGUUUACGUUUAUGUCCAGAGAGAUGGUUUGUUUUACGUAUCGGUGGUUUUAAGAAGCGUGGUAUUCAAUGUAAUGGCGAUCUUGGCGUAUUUGAAUGAUUUCCAUGCAUUGGUGAAAAACUACGUUCAUGCCGGUCAAGUAGACCGAAAUAGCAUUGUGGACAACUUCAAUCUCCUUUACGAGCUGUUCGACGAGAGUCUGGACUUUGGUGUUCCUCAAUUGACGGAAUACAACAUUAUUCGCGAUUUCAUCAAAAUCGAAGCCAAUGUUCCUCCCAAGAAGAGUGCCAACUACAAAGCUGCCAAUGAAAGUGACGAAAGCGACAGUGAUCAUAACAGUGGUUCUGCCUUAAAGUCAAAAGCGAACCAAGACAAAGAUAGGGCCAAAAAAGAUGGUUUGGAAGGUGACGAACAGUACAUCAACAGUUUUAUUCUUCGAGCCACAACGCAAGCCAUUUCCUGGCGACCCAAGGGCAUUUAUUAUCCAAAAAACGAGCUCUUCGUGGAUGUGGUAGAAGCACAGACGUACGUGAUGGACAUGAAUUCGGGCCAGGUACGCAAAAGUUUCAUACAGGGUAAGAUACAAUGCCGCUCAUACCUCUCUGGCAUGCCAAAAGUCCAGUUGUGUCUUAACAAAAUGCUCAGAAACAAAGAACUAUUUCUUUCCUCAACGAAAUUUCACCAAUGUGUCUCAUUAGAGACCCUCAACCGUCAAGAUAUAAUAGAGUUCGUUCCACCGGAUGGAGAAUUCCAAUUUUGCGAGUACAAGCUCAAACGGCACAUCAACGAUGCGCCGGUCAUCAAAGUGACGGAUUGUAAGAUUACGAGACGCGACAAAAAGAAGAGAGUUCAAUUAAAAGUUACGAUAGAACCGCAUUUCAAAGCCCAAAAUGCUGCUAGAUAUUUAAAGGUUCACAUCCCCACCCAGACGUUAUUUCGCAAUUAUAGCAUAGAUUUGACGAAAGCUCCAAGAUUCAAAUGCGAUUUUGGAACAGUAGCGUUCAAUGUCGCGGCUCGAAGCUUGCUGUGGGAGGCACAAGGCAUGAAGGGUGGUCAUGGUGAGAUAUCUUAUUCGAUGCAAGUUGAAUUCUACCUCUUUGACGAAGAGGAAUACAAUAAAAAGUUAGCUGAGCUGCAACAGACAAUGGAUCCACCACCGUUACGAGACGGUGUGAAGCUUGAUGAACUCUAUGCUCAGGCGGCCGAUAGUGGAAACACCGCCGGAGAGGACAAACUGAUAUUGGUAGAGUUCGAGGUGCCCUACUACGCCUGCAGUGGUUUGAAAGUUGAUUAUCUCAAAAUAGAAGAGGAACAACUGCGGUAUCAGUCGUUUCCUUGGGUGAGAUAUAAAACGAUCAACGAUCAAGAGUAUGCUUAUCAAAUAUAG